CUAUAAACAUCCAGCAUACACAGCAGUAGUCUUCUUCUAAUCAUCCUUGUCUCUGUGCACCACUUCCAAUGUUCAAACAUCCACACUUCUGCAACAAAACUCAACACAUUCAUCCACACAUUCAGUUUUUUUAACUGAGAUUAAACACAAACCAAGAAAUUUAAUCCAAAAAAACCAACCAAAAAAACAAGAAUUAUUGCAUUUAUAGUUAAUUUACUUCAGUUGCAGCAGCAGGGGUACUCUGGUUCAGUAGAGAGUGACAUUUUUAAAUCCAUUUUUUUUAAUAUUUAUGUUAUUAUUUUAUACAUUCUGCUGAAGAUUUCUUUUGGGGAUGUCAACUUCUCCUCACAUUCUGCUUCUUUUGUUUCUUCUCUGAAUAAUUCUUUCUCUUUCUCUCUGUUUAUCCAAUGUUUCUGUUUUCUUGAAAUUUUCUAUUUGUUAAAAUUUUAAGAAAAUGGUAGAAGAAUCCUUGCAACAAGUUGUGCCCUUUGACAGAAAUGUUGAACAGGCAAUUUUGGCUUUGAAGAAAGGUGCACAUCUUUUGAAGUGUGGAAGAAGAGGAAAGCCCAAAUUUUGUCCUUUUAGAGUAUCAAGUGAUGAGAAAUGUUUAGUAUGGUAUUCAGGACAGAGGGAAAAGCAAUUGAGAUUGAGUUCAGUUAUGAAGAUUGUUUCUGGGCAGAGAACUGUCAAUUUUCAGAGGCAACUCCAACCGGAUAAAGAGCACCAGUCAUUUUCACUAAUAUAUGCUAAUGGCGAGCGCUCGCUAGAUUUGAUAUGCAAGGACAAAGUGCAGGCAGUUUCUUGGUUUACAGGUUUAAGAGCUUUGAUAUCAAGAUGUCACCGUUCUAGGCCUUUUGCUGCACUUAAGAAUUACCGAAGUGCACAAAGUUGUGUCAAUAGUCCAGCCGGUUAUAUGAGAAGAAAGCAUAAUCUUGGAAUUCUAGAGGACAGCAAAGAAUUUUCACAGGUGCACAGCUUAUGCGGAAGUCCUACUCAAUCAUUUUCAGAGAAAUGUUUCUCUGAUGGCUCUGAUAGUUUUUGUUCAUCAGAAUCAAGUCUUCUACAGAUGCAGAAUACAGUUGAUGUCCUAGUCACAAAGUCUCCUUAUGUUGAACCAACCCUUCAGAAAUGCGGAUCCAGUUACGCUUUUUCCGAAUUCCAAAAUGAUAUAUCCCUUAGGUCCAUUUCUGCAGCUUGUGGAUCUCCACAGCUAGGAAAAAAUGACAUAUUGAAGGAUGUUCUGAUCUGGGGAGAAGGUGUAGAAGGAGAACAUUUUGGCGGUACGGUUCAAAGGCAUGGCAACCAAUAUACGAUGCAAGUUGAUGCUCUAGUACCCAAGUUAUUGGAAUCUACUGCCAUGCUGGAUGUAACGAGCAUAUCUUUAGGAGGGAAACACGCUGCUUUAAUCACCAAACGAGGGGAAGUUUUCUGUUGGGGUGACGGAAGUAAGGGAAAGCUUGGACAUAGAGUUAACAUAGACAUAAGCUACCCGAAAGUUGUUGAAUCCCUUAAUGGUGUCCAUAUAAAAUCUGUUGUCUGCAGUGAAUAUCAAACAUGUGCCCUGACCCAUUCUGGUGAAUUAUACAUGUGGGGUGACAACACAAAUGGCAUUGCUUUGGCUGAUGAGGUGCGAACAAGAAGCCAGUGGUUACCGUAUAGACUAUCUGGCCCUUUAGAUGGUAUCACAAUAUCAAAAGUCGCUUGUGGUGAAUGGCAUACGGCAAUUGUAUCAUCCUCUGGGCAGUUGUUUACAUACGGAGAUGGAACAUUUGGAGUUCUUGGGCAUGGGAAUCUUCAAAGUGUAUCUCAGCCUAAAGAAGUUGAAUCAUUAAAAGGUUUAUGGGUACAAUCUGUUGCUUGUGGAGCAUGGCACACGGCUGCUGUCGUGGACAUUAUUCCCGACCACUUCAAGUUUAAUGUUGUUGGAAAACUAUUUACAUGGGGAGAUGGCGACAAAGGAAGACUCGGGCAUAAUGAUAAGGAAAGAAAACUCGUGCCAACAUGUGUUGCCCAACUUGUGGAUUAUGACUUUGUUCAGGUUUCCUGUGGAAGGAUGCUGACUGUUGCACUCACCAAUACCGGUAAGGUCUACACGAUGGGAAGCUCAGUGCACGGUCAGUUAGGUAAUCCACAAGCGAAAGAUAAAACAAUCACAGCUGUGGAAGGAAAGCUUAAGGAGGAGUUUGCUAAGGAGAUAUCAUCAGGAUCAUAUCAUGUUGCUGUGUUGACAUCAGUGGGAAAUGUAUAUACUUGGGGGAAGGGUGCAAAUGGACAGUUAGGUUUAGGAAACGUCGAAGAUAGAAACACACCGACUUUCGUUGAGGCUUUGAGGGAUAGGAAAGUUGAAAAUAUAGCUUGUGGAUCAAAUUUAACUGCCGCAAUCUGUCUGCACAAAUCUAUCUCCGUUACUGAUCAGUCAUCUUGCAGCGGUUGUAGAAUGCCGUUUGGACUUACUAGAAAGAAACAUAACUGUUAUAAUUGCGGUCUUCUUUUUUGCCAUAUGUGCAGCAGUAAGAAGUUCAUAAAUGCAUCUCUGGCUCCUAACAAAAGCAAACCUUCUCGUGUUUGUGAAUCUUGUUUUAAUCAUCUCCAGAAAGUUACACAUUCAGGUAGAGUGUCGAAGCUGGAAAUUUAUGGUUCGAAGCAGCUUUUAUCCCCACAUAAGGUAUUAUCUAAUGAGAAAGAUGCCAAGAGAGAAGCAACACCUCCGAAAAAUCAUGCUCGGUCGGCAAGCCAAUCAUAUAAUCAAGAAAACCCAGUUAGUCAUAGGAAGACCUUUAAAAGCCAAGGGGAACAUCAGCAUAAUGUAGAAACCGGCCGGAACCUUCCAGAUGGAUUGCCACGAUGGGGGAACGUUUCGUGCCCCAUAUUAUUCGAUUCAUACUAUUCCAACAAUCCUGUCCCUCCAGUAGAAUUAAAAUCAUCUAUUUCAAAUGCUAUAACUGUAGACGAUAUCAUGAUUGAGUCGAAUAUGAUGCUAACUGACGAAGUUCAGAGACUAAGAACACAGGCUAGAAAUCUUGAAAUGCAAUGCGAAAUUGGAAACCAGAAGAUUGAAGAUUGUCAGGAAACUAUAGAAAGAGCUUGGUCUCUGGCUCGAGUAGAAGCAGCCAAGCGCAAAGCAGCAAAUGAGAUCAUAAAAGCUUUGGCAGUACGGCUUCAUGCAAUGUCGGAGAAAAUGUCAGGCGGAAGAGAAACAAAAGGUGGAGAUGAGCAGAAUAUUUCUCAGGACAUACCUGACACUCCACUUUUCAGUCCGCUCGCCACAUUGGCAUCACUUCAUUUGCCUCGUGAAGUAAAAUUACCGAAAGACCGACAACCAGAUAGUUUAUCAAGCUCUCCUAUUGUAUUCUCUAAUACAUUAAAGUCCAUGGACAGUAGAGCGUUGUUCCAUGACAACAGCAGAUCAGGGGACGAUUCUCAAACCCCGAGGACAGACUCUAAGCAAAAUGGAGCUAAAGGGUCAAAACCGGAAUGGGUAGAACAAUAUGAACCUGGUGUAUACAUUACCUUUACAGCUUUGCCAGGCGGGCAGAAGGGGCUAAAACGAGUCAGAUUCAGCCGGAAACGAUUUGCUGAAAAAGAAGCGGAACGGUGGUGGGAAGAGAAUCAAGUUACAGUAUACCAGAAUUAUGGCAUUGAAGGAUAUAUCAACUCUAAGCAAAACAUGACAGUGAGCUGAAUCUGAGUUAUUCUUAAUAUGAUUCUGAAAAUUGUGCAACUCAGUGUAGGGAAGAGAUUAAUUAUAGGUAGGUUCUCAUCCUCACAAAUGCAUGACUUGCACUUGAAGCUUCAUGCUUGUUCAUAUAGUUAUUCAAUUAAAUGAAAGAGGUAUGUUCAUCUCUCAAUCAUGCAACUGAGUGCUUCUCGUCUAAUAUCUGCAAACAUUUGCUAUUUUCUUGGGAUUGACCCUUUUUUUUUUUUGGAAUUUUACCAGCCAAAUUCUAAAAUUGAUUAAAUGAAGUAAACUUUUUUAGCUAAA